AAGUUUUUAAUUUAAUUUAUUUAAUAAAAGUAAAAUUAUGGAAGUGUUUUUAAAUGAAGAGCUCACAUCUGAAGCGAAAAAGGAUAUACGUCAUGCAUAUCUGCGCGAGUGCGGCAUAACCGACAAGCUUAAUGACAUUUUUAAAAAAUUAUUACAAGCUGGCGUAAGGCCAGAUAAUCCGUUAGAUUUCAUACGCGAGGAAUUAGGUGAUAAACCUAUACCGACGGAAACUUUUGAAAAUAUGGAGCACGAAUUAGACGAUGCGCAUCGUGAAAUUCGUCGUUUACGCGGCAUAUUAAAAGAACUUGGCGUUAACAAUCCAGACGAGCAAUUUUGUGACGCAGAAGCGGGACCUGAUGAGUUUGAAAAUGUAGCUAGUGAAUUUAACAAUUCAUUGACCAUUACGGAAAUUAAUGAGGAACACACAGGUGGACAACAGACUAGCUAAGCUAUAAUAAACUUUAAAUACAAAUGGAUAUUUUUAAUAUUGCUGAAUAAAAUAAUGUACAAAAGUCAGUGCAGUACCCAAAUGAUGGCGUCCAAAAAGCAAAUAAAGAAAGUAUUUACCAAAAUACAACAUUAAAAAUUAA